GAGAGCAAGGGCGUGCUUGGCAUUGGCCGCUGACUUUCUCUGCUUGGGCACGCCUGCCGACCUAGGAGCCCUUAUAUAUGAGUGCUGCAGCACCACAAAACUUAUCUUGUCCCUCGCUUGCACUCGACAGCAAUCGACAGCAUGGCCAGAGCAGUGAAGUGCGCGGUAUUGCUGGCGCUGUUCGCCUUUGGCGCAGCGCAGGAGCUGACUGCCACCAACUACCGCACUGACGACGGCCAUCAACGCAGCGAAGCUACCGACGGACAGGGCAACGUCCGUGGCGAGUACAGCUACGUGGACCCGAACGGAAAGACCAUCACCGUCAAGUACACGGCCGGCAAGGACGGAUUUAAGGUCGAGGGCGACCACCUGCCCAAGGCACCCGCCGUGCCCCAGGCUCCUGCUCCUGCCGCCCCUCAGUGGAACCAGCAGCCUAGGCAGCAGUGGAACCAGCCCCAGCAGGCGCAGCCGCAGCAGUGGGCUCAGCCGCAGCAGCAACAGUGGGCUCAGCCCAAGCAGGCCCAGUCGCAGCAGCACCAGUGGGACCAGAACGGUCAGUACAACCCUCCCGCCUACGAGACGCAGCAGUGGAGCGAGCAGUCGGCGCCCGCUACCCAGCCCCAGCCCCAGGCGGCCCCGGCCAACCCCCAGCACAUCACCGACCCUCUGUGGAACGCGCACACCCAGCCCCACUGGGCCCAGCUGGCUAACCAGCAGCCCCAGUACACGGCCCCCCAGCCCCAGCCCCAGUGGAACGCCGCCCCAGCCGCCCCCCGCAGCCCCCCUGUGCAGCAACAGCUGAACAACUUCCCCGGGCUGGCUCAGCCGUCCAACUCGCUGUACCAGCCGCAGCAGGCGCGCUCCCAGGGUGGAAAGGUGUCGGUCAGCAGCGACCCCGCGUCCGGCUACACCUACACUUACAGCCUGUGAAAACAACCCUUCCCCCGGCCCGAUGUCAGCCACUGUGAUGCCACACUUUCCUUGUAAAUUUAGCGGAAUGAAUGCGCUUCGAAUGUUGUGCGAAUGCCCUAGAGUACUUGCGAGCGUGAACGCGCCUUGUUGACUGCACUCUUCUUCUUCUUCUUCAUCAUCUCAUCCUUUUCCCCUUCUCUCUGGCUUCUCUUUCUCGAUCUUUGCACCUUCACGUUUGCUCAACUUCCAUCUUUUUCUGUCCUGUCCUCUUUUUUCAGUCUGUUCUGUGAGUGAGAGUCUAAUCAACCGACAAAAUGUGAUUUAUACGAGAGAGUGUGUAUGGAGCGUGUAAAAUGAGAAAAUCUAAUAAAAAAUACAUCAAACAA